ACGCGUGAGGCGUGACUUAAUUGUGCCACGUAAUUUCAUCAGCUGAUGAAGAAUAUGUUCUUCAUCACCAUAGAGUGAGAGAUUAAAGAUCAUGGAUCUUUUUUUGGUUUAAAAAAAGCCUAAUAAAUAACUCAUAGCUACCUUGCAUUGUAGCUCAAUUUCAGUAUGCGCUGCACUGUUUGUUUGCAGUGAAAAGAUGCUUUAGCUGAUUUUCGGCGAGGAAAGAAGCUUCUCCCUCUCUUCGUGGCUUAAAAGCCAUUUUCUUUCAUUUAUUUAUUUCUCCCUCUGCUUCGUUUUUCUUUCUUUCACACGAUGAAAGAAGCUUCUCUCUCCCUUCGUGGUAAAGAGAAAGAACCUUCUGCCCUUCUCCCUUUCGUCAAAUCAGCUUUUCAACAGUGCUUAUAUAUCCUAGAGAUGAUAGGGUUUUUAAAUUGUUAUAGUUAAGAGCAAAUGGGGAAUCUUCUGUGUUGUGUGGUAGUUGAAGAAUCAACGGUAGCUAUAAAAGAAAGAUUUGGAAAGUUUGAAGAAGUUCUCGAGCCAGGGUUGCAUUGCAUACCAUGGGUGACCGGAGACCGGCUUGCCGGCCAUCUCUCUCUCCGCCUGCAGCAGUUGGAUGUUCGCUGUGAGACUAAGACAAAGGAUAACGUCUUUGUCAAUGUUGUUGCUUCUAUUCAAUAUCGAGCCCUGGCAGACAAAGCCAGUGAUGCUUUUUACAAACUUAGCAAUACCAAGAGCCAAAUUCAAGCCUAUGUUUUUGAUGUGAUUAGGGCGAGUGUUCCAAAACUCAACUUAGAUGAUACUUUUGAGCAGAAAAAUGAUAUUGCCAGAGCUGUGGAACAAGAACUUGAGAAGGCUAUGUCAGCUUAUGGUUAUGAAAUUGUUCAAACAUUGAUUGUUGAUAUAGAGCCAGAUGAGCAUGUGAAGAGAGCUAUGAACGAAAUCAAUGCUGCUGCAAGAUUGAGGGUGGCCGCGACUGAGAAAGCUGAGGCAGAGAAGAUCUUGCAAAUUAAGCGAGCCGAGGGCGAGGCAGAGUCUAAAUACCUCUCCGGGCUGGGUAUUGCGCGCCAACGCCAAGCCAUUGUGGAUGGUUUGAGAGACAGUGUUCUUGGAUUCUCAGUUAAUGUACCGGGGACAACUGCGAAAGAUGUCAUGGAUAUGGUCCUUGUCACCCAAUAUUUUGAUACGAUGAGAGAAAUUGGUGCUGCCUCCAAGUCCUCUGCUGUGUUCAUUCCACACGGACCUGGUGCGGUUCGUGAUGUAGCUACACAGAUUCGCGAUGGACUUCUUCAGGCUUCUCAUCAUCAGACACAUGAGUAGUUUGCAUGGGAAUAUGGUGAUGCAAUAUAUAUACCUAUGAUUUUCUUUUAUGUGCAGUGUGCAAUGUGAUAUAGUUUCAUACUCAGUAACAACUAACAAGGUUCUGAUUGGUGUUCAACCAGAAUGUAACUAAAUAUAUAUAAAAUGAUGAUAUAAGGAAUGAUGCACUAUCUAGUAUCCAUAAAAUUAGGCUAAUUGUUGAAUUUAGUAGUAUGCUACUUCACAAUCAAUUUUCUUUUGCACAAAUGAAAAAUGCUUCUGGUGGCCAA